AUGGACUACAAUAAUCCUCUCGACCUUCUUCAUAUGGCGGAAGAGGCUGAUUGGGUCAAUAAAGUAAAUAUGGCGCGCGUGGACGGACGUAUCUGCGACUGGGUCAAGAGCUUCCAUCCCAAGAAUCUUUCAUGCCGGCUGGACGGUGGAUUCCUAAACAGUGCAUACAACCUAGGCCAGAAGUUUGCCUUUGACGAUGGGACAAUCUGGUUUCUUCGUCUCCCUCGGGCUAGCAGCAUUUCCCCGGAAUAUGCAGACGAGAAGGUGGCUAUGGAAGUGGAAGCUCUUCACCUGAUCCGGGAGAACACAUCGAUACCCGUUCCAGAAAUCUAUGCCUGGGGAUUUUCAGAGGAAAACCCCCUUGGUUUGGGCCCUUUCAUGCUAAUGAGCUUUAUCGAUGGCGUGUGCCUUAAGGAUGUGCUCGGCGAAGACGGUUCAAGACUGCUCAAGCAAGGAAUUCCUGAUGCCGAUAUCGAGUACGUCUACAGACAGAUGGCGCGCUUUAUGUUGCAGCUUUUCAAGCUCGAUUUCGAACGGGUUGGCAGCUUGCCCAGCCCGAGGACGAAAUUUCCCGCGCCUGCUCGUCCACUCACAUGGAAGGUACACGCGAUCCUGAGGCUAGGAGGUGUAAAUACCUUCGGCGAUCGCGAUGAGGGUUUUUCUACGACUAGAGAAUAUCUUCAAUAUGUGAACAACCAAGACUGGCAACAACUACGACUCCAACCGAAUUCAAUCGCAGGUCCGGAACAUGCCAGAUCGAGCUACGCUUCGUUGAAGAUUCUACAGUCUCUAAUACCCGAAUUAACCAAUACAACCUACGACCGGGGCCCUUUCAAACUCAUCUGUGACGAUUUCGGCCUAGGAAAUGUGAUUGUGCGAAGCAAGGAUGACCUUACAAUCACCGGCGUAAUAGAUCUUGAAUGGGUUUACGCCGGCCCAGCUCAGUUAUUUGCUUCGGCUCCUUGGUGGCUUCUUCUGGAUCGCCCCAUUAAUACCGAGUGGGACUUUGAAGAGGGAGAGGCUCCGAAAGCGACUGAUCGCUACUUCGAAUGUCUGGCAAUCUUCAAGCGUGUGCUGGCGGAAGAAGAGGCAGAGAUGACGGGAAAUCGAGGGAAAGAACUCUCUGAACUCAUCCAAUGGUCCGAAGACUCGGGUGCCAUGUGGCUCCAUAUGCUCCUGUCGAGUGGCUUUUUUGAUACGCUCAGCUUCCCUUGCAUGCAACUGCGGAAGCGUCGGGGUGCUGAAUGGUGGGAUGAGCGCAUCGAUGAGUAUAGGGAUACAGAGGAAGUGGAAACAUUUGUGACGAACAAGCUGGAUGAUUUAGCAGCAUAUGACAAGGUUGAGGAUAAAGUUGAACACUACAAAGCCCUCAUGGACAGCAAGGAGAUGACAAUAGAGGAUUUUAUUUGCACUGUUUCCUCUCUUCUCAGGGUGGCUCAGUCCAUGGAAUAG